AAGUUCCCCUUCCGCUUCCUCCUGCCUCGGUCCCGCUGCUGCUGCUCCGCGGGGCGCCUACCAGGCUCUCCACUCCCUGGUGCCGAAGACGCUCCGCCGUCACCGCCGCCCCAGGUCCCGACGCGAUGCAGGCCAUCAAAUGUGUGGUGGUGGGAGAUGGAGCCGUGGGCAAGACCUGCCUCCUCAUCAGCUACACCACCAAUGCCUUCCCAGGAGAGUACAUCCCCACCGUAUUUGACAACUAUUCAGCUAACGUGAUGGUGGACAGCAAGCCGGUGAACCUGGGGCUGUGGGACACUGCCGGGCAGGAGGACUAUGACCGCCUCCGGCCACUCUCCUACCCGCAGACGGAUGUCUUCCUCAUCUGCUUCUCCCUCGUCAGCCCAGCCUCCUAUGAGAACGUCCGUGCCAAGUGGUUUCCCGAGGUUCGGCACCACUGCCCCAGCACACCCAUCAUCCUGGUGGGCACCAAGCUGGACCUGCGGGACGACAAGGACACCAUCGAGAAGCUGAAGGAGAAGAAGCUGGCACCUAUCACCUACCCACAGGGCUUGGCACUGGCCAAGGAGAUCGAUUCAGUGAAAUACCUGGAGUGCUCGGCCCUCACCCAGCGAGGCCUGAAGACUGUCUUCGACGAGGCCAUCCGGGCCGUCCUGUGUCCCCAGCCCACGCGGCCACAGAAGCGCCCCUGCAGCAUCCUCUAGGGGUGUCCCAGUCUUCCCAGCCAGAUGUUCCGACCCUCCAGGGCCCCCACCCAGAACCCGAUGGCACCCCGGCUGGCCACGCUGCCCCCUUCCUGUGGCGCUUCCUAGCGCGUGCUCAGAGCUUGGUUGAUGGUCUUCUCUGUGCUGGAGGCCCCCGAGGGUCCGAAGGUGUGAAUCCGUAGGUGCUGUGUCCCGAUCCCCGCAUGCUCCUGCCUCCCCAGGGGCCGGAGGGGAGCCCCAGGACCCAAUAACA